UCCGCUCAUACCGAGCGCUCCGGAGACAGAGACAGUCACAUAUGAGAGUCCACAACUUGUUCUUCUGUGGCAACCGUCAGAAGGGAAGGGAAGUAAUAAUGACACGGAUUUAUAAAUGUUAUUAAAUGCGCGGGCAGCGAUCGGCAUGGGAAAACACGAUCAGGCGAUGAGAAGUUGUUUCAUCCGGCUGAUCGUGUGAGCGCUGCUGCCGGCUUCCAGCAAGAAAACUCAUGGGCCAAGCUCGUGCGUCUACACCUCUCUUCCAGAAGGACUGGUUCUGGAGCCGACGGCUCGGCUGGGGGUAAAUGACACCGCUUGAAUAAAGAGGCUGAAAUCUCCAGUUCUGUUCCGUUAUCAGCUGUGCCAGAAGCGCUACAGAUUUGUGCUGAAGGUGUCCGUAGAGGAGGUGGGCGGAUCUCCACCAACCAUCAUGGAYAUCAGUUUAUGGACAUUUUCCCAUUCCAAACUGUGGCAUAUGAAUGGCUGCUGCUUAUGUCGUUGAGCUCUAACACUGGGCAUAGUUGCUCUGGACACCAUGACACAGAUGGACUAUAAGUACAGCCUGCUUGGCUCCACUGUGGAUGAUUACCACAAGAGGCCACUGCUCCUGCAGGUGGACAACACACCCAUGAACUUGUUUGCGGUUCUGGAAGUGAAACGCGACCUAACRAGACGCUCAAGCACCGUUGGAUGCAAGAUCCGCCUGUAYGGCUUCCUGUUCGUCCUAGCCAUCAUGUUCCUCAUAAUGGCAUCGUACGUUUUGACAGGGGACAAGAARGGCCUUCUCCUUACRCCGUCCCCUUACCACCUCAACGGCUUGGUCAGUCCCGGACCCUUUGCCUUUAACCUCACGUCAGUGGGGGACUAUGCACAUAUAAAACUGGUGGUGAAAUCCAUCAAAUCCAAGGUGGAGUUUCGGACCCAACGRCAAUGUCCUGACCGCAAAGCACUGAUGAGGAGCGAUCCRCAUAUGUUUUCUGUCAUCCCACCCAACUUCCUGCCUGGUAUCAAGAACCCCUGCUGGUAUGAGGAAUUCACUGGGAAUAUUACCACAGAUCCGUAUAAGACAAAUUUGUACGGGCGCUACUCCAGGCGCUUCCGGACGGUUUUCCAGCACCUGAGGAGCACUUUCCAUCACCAUCUGUUGCAUCGCAACAGGACACUCUACCGCAUGCGGUGCCUCCCCUAUUUUUACAUUAUUGGUCAACCAAAGUGUGGCACAACAGACCUGUACGACAGACUGCGGUUACACCCAGAUGUAAAGUUCACCACUUUCAAAGAGCCACACUGGUGGACCCGGAAGAGGUUUGGUAUCAUUCGUCUCAGUGAGGGUUUGCAUGAUCGGUACCCGGUGGAGGACUAUCUUGACCUGUUUGAUCAGGCUGCUUACCAAAUCCAGGGCGAGCUAAGUGCAAACACCAGCGGAUCACCCAGACACCCAAACGUCAUCAUAGGAGAAGCGAGCGCCUCCACCAUGUGGGAUAACAACGCYUGGGUGUAUUUCUAUGACAACACCACAGAGGGAGAGCCRCCGUUUCUCAUCCAGGACUUCAUCCAUGCCCUACAGCCAGAGGCCCGCUUCAUCGUUAUGCUCAGGGAUCCAGUGGAAAGGCUUUACUCUGACUACCUUUACUUUGGAAUUGCCAAUAAGUCUGCGGAGGAUUUCCAUGAGAAGGUGUCAGAGUCCCUGCAGCUAUUCGAGGGGUGCCUUAUGGAAUACACAAUGCGCUCCUGUGUGUACAACACCACUGUCAACAACGCAAUGCCAGUGAGUGGAUGGACCCUCCUUCCUCCUUUUGUCUGGCAGGCCUCCUUUAAAGUGAAAUUUAGCCACCAGUUUAUAAGAUGGUGGGAAAAGACAAGUAGCAAAGGCUCGAAGAAGGAAAGAAGGAAAGAAGGAGGGCAAUCCGCACUUCAUUAUACUCUGGAGCUGACUGAGUUAGAGGAGGAGGAGAAGGAGUCUCGUCUGUCCUGUUUUGGCUCCACGCAGGAACUGUCUGAAAUGGUAUUAAUACUAUGGCAAGGAGCUUUGCGUGUUCGAUACUUUGUUUUUUCUAUGGGUGGUCAUUUCUUACUGUCAAGUGGCAUUCCUUUAUUACUGGGUGCAGGAAGAAGCGAAGUGACAGAGUUAUUUGUGUGUUUUACAGGGCCAUUGUCAAAAGAAAUAGAGUCACAAAUCACAAGAAGCCCAGCAUCAAACACCAGGAGACCAGCUGACAAGAACCUGGGACCCAUGCUGCCUAUAACUAAAGAAAUCCUGCAGGACUUCUACAAACCAUUUAAUGAGAAACUGGCAAAGGUGCUGCAAAAAGAGUCCUUCCGCUGGGAAAACAAUUCCGAACUCUGAAYGGACUUCUUUCAACAAGAAGAAGGAAGAAUGCAGAGCCCCAUUUUUUGGGUUUAUCUCUUUUAAGUGCCCAUAAAAAGAACAUCAAAGUAUUUUAAUGUAAAUUAUUUUUAAGUUAUAAGAGCAGAGAUGAAUCAAAGAUAGAAAAUAACAGCACAAGCAAGUGUGGUGUUUUUGUGUGAUUGUGUGCGAGAGAGGAAGAAUGAUAGACUGUAAGUGAUGCUGGGAGAUCUUCGCUUCUCCGUUUUGUUUUCCAGACAUAUAAAAUUAAAUUGUGAAUUUCAAAUACGGAACA